CACUCAUCCAAACGAGGAGAAUCUCCUAGAAUGAAGGAGAAAGUGGAGAGGGGUACCCCGCUGUGCAGCCGUGAAAAUGGUUUACCUCAUGUUCUGUCUCUGGUCCUGCAAGAACUAAGCCAGUACUAUAAAAGGGAUAUCAACAGUGUUGGUGUGUUGUAUGACCUGCUGAGGUCCCCUUGGCUACAGGCGCUUCUAAAGGUUUAUGAAUGCCUUCAUCAAUACAUCAAAAAGAGGCCAGUUCCACUCACACCACAGGCGCGCACAUUGACCAAUGAGGUAGCCGAUUUGUUGCGUGGAGUCCAUCCAACUUCAGAGGUGAGAGAGCUGAGGAGACUUCUGCGUGGCCCCCACCUGAAGGCUUUACUAUCAGCACACGACACCGUGGCCCAGAAAGAUUAUGAACCGAUUCUUCCGCCUCUGCCAGACAACAUCCCUGAAAAUGAGGAAGCCAUGAGGAUCGUCUGCCUUGUGAAAAACAAGCAACCCCUUGGUGCCACUAUUAAACGCCAUGAACUAACAGGAGAUAUUACGGUGGCAAGAGUCAUCCAUGGCGGGUUGGCAGAUAGAAGUGGGUUGUUGUACGCUGGAGACAAACUGGUAGAGGUGAAUGGAGUUCCGGUGGAAGGGCUGGAGCCGGAGCAAGUCAUCCACAUUCUGUCCCGGUCACGGGGAACAAUCAUGUUCAAGUUGAUUCCUGUUUCAGACCGACCCGUCAGUAAUCAAACAACGCUCUAUGUGCGAGCAAUGGCAGAUUAUUGGCCUCUUCAGGACCCCGCCAUCCCUUGUGCUGACGCAGGACUGCCGUUUAAAAAGGGAGACAUUCUUCAGAUUGUGGACCAGAAUGACGCCUUCUGGUGGCAGGCGAGGAAAGUCUCAGACCUCAGCUCCUGUGCUGGACUUAUCCCUUCCAAUCAUCUUCUGAAGAGGAAGCAGCGGGAAUUCUGGUGGUCACAGCCCUUGCAGCCCCACAGGUGUCUGAAGUCAACAAUAUUGAGUACUGUGGAAGAAGAAGAUGACAUGCAGAUUGAUGAGAAGUGUGUUGAAACAGAAGAGGAAGAAUUCACUGGAUUUGGCCAGCGGGUCUUUGUUGCUGGCUUUCGUAGAAGUAUGCGCCUGUGUCGCAGGAAAUCGCGCAACAGUCACUUACCAUGUUAUGCCCGGUGUCCCAGCGGCUGCUACAAGGCUGUAGCGGCACCUUAUGAGGAGGUGGUGAGAUACCAAAGGCACCCUGGGGAUCGGAACAGACUAAUCAUGCUAGUGGGUCCUUCAGGUGUUGGAGUGAAUGAACUACAGCGGCGGCUUAUCGGUGCAAACCCCCAUCAGUUUCAAAGUGCAGUGCCACAUACAACUCGUGCUCAGAAGAGCUAUGAAGAGAACGGUAGAGAAUAUCACUAUGUAUCAAGGGAAACGUUUGAAAACAUGGUGUAUAGUCACAGAAUGCUGGAGUACGGAGAGUACAAAGGAAAUCUCUAUGGCACAAGCGUUGACGCUGUACGUACAGUGCAAGAUGAAGGGAAGAUCUGUAUCGUAGAUUUAGAGCCUCAGAAUAUUCAACUGGCUCGCACUCAUGAACUGAAACCCUACAUUAUAUUUAUUAAGCCAUCAAGUGUGAGUUGCAUGAAGCAAUCUCGGAAAAAUGCCAGGAUUAUCACAGACUAUUAUGUGAAUAUGAAGUUUAAGGAAGAAGAUCUGCAGGAAAUGGAAGAGUCAGCUAAGAAAAUGGAGGCUCAGUUUGGGCAGUUCUUUGACCAGGUGAUUGUGAAUGAUAACUUAGAGGAGGCGUGCAUGCAGCUGCUGUCUGUCGUCCGUCGAGCACAAGACGAACCUCAGUGGGUUCCUGCAGCGUGGAUAUGCUCAGACAAUCAGUCGUAAUUCUCAGGACUAGGCAG